AUGAAAGCCGCAACACAAGCAAUGGCUGCUGCUUCCAGGAACGAUUUCGCCUUGAAACAGGAUUCUUCCUACCGGAUUUCCAAACCCAGGACGGAGGAUUUAACCACUGAGAUGCAGGCAUGUUUUCACAAACUCAAAGAUAUGGUCCCGACUGUGCCGUCAAAUAGGAAAUUAUCUAAGGUGCAAUUGUUACAGCACGUCAUAGAUUACAUCCUAGAUUUGGAAGUGGCGUUAGAUGUUGAGCCGGGAUCUUGUGUAGCGCCAUCACCUCUACUAGUCCCCUUCCUCAAUUCAGUCAACAGGACACCUUUGGCAGAGAAAUCCGAACCCAAUUUCAGAGUGUCAAAUGAGCGAGUUAAUUCUCCUCAUUUUGGUUUAUCCAGACAGAAGUUACGGAGGAACCGGACACCACGUCCAAGUGAACUCCAGUUCAAUGAAGGAAGCAGGAACUAA